UUCCUCAUACGUCACUUCCGACUUCCCCUCCGGUACUUCCUGCACGUGUUGACAAUAUGGCAGCGCCCAUAGCGAUUAAUCUGGAGUUUGGUGGAGGAGCAGAGUUGCUUUUCAACGGCGUGAAGGACCAUCAAGUGACUCUUCCAAGCCAGUCGGAACCCUGGGACAUGAAGCAGCUGCUGGUCUGGAUCCAACGGAACCUGCUGAAGGAGCGGCCCGAGCUCUUCGUGCAGGGAGACUCAGUGAGGCCUGGGAUUCUGGUGCUUAUCAAUGAUGCAGACUGGGAGCUAAUGGGGGAGCUGGACUACCAGCUGCAAGACCAGGACAACAUUGUGUUUAUUUCCACUCUUCACGGAGGGUAAAAUGAAUGAACAUGGACGGCCAAUAUAUCCUUGACAUGUCUGUAACAGUUCAAGCCUUUCCUCCACAUCCUCCGCUCUCUUCACUCCCCCCCCACCCCCUCCCCAACAUCCCAACAACACGCCACCCCAUUGGUUCUCGGCCCACAGUGUGACAGAUGAGACGAUGGAUGGCGUUGCACAGGAAUGAGGGGAAAUUCAGAGAUGGUCACCAAGAAAAAUGUGGUCGAAGCAGGACUUAUGUGGAUUAUGUGGACAUAUUUUGAUCAAAGAGAACAGGUAACAUAAACUCCGGUUGUCAGUGUACACACGCCUUCCAGCAAGACUGGGAGAGACAAAAUGAGCAAAUCUUGAGGUUUAAAUCGACCUUCACGUCACCCGAGUACACUGUCCACUUUAACCCCAUCCCUCGACUGAAAACAUUUAAUAAAUGAUUUGCUGCACACUUAAGUGUUUGCUUACAUGUUGGCAAUUAAAACCUUUUUAUAUUAAAGUGGAUUUGUUAUACUGCUGUCAUUAUUUAUCACACAGGCAACCAAUUAUACCACAAAAAGGUUUAAUUUCACUUGAUUUAUCAACACCUUAAAAUGUCUUUAAUUCUGCUUUCAUAAGCACCCGAAGAAGUGUUAUAAAAAUGUAUUAUUUCUUUUUCUUAUAAGUGCUUUUUGUUGUUUUUUAUGUUAUUUUAUUUUUAUUGUUUUCCUCAUUUAAUAUAAAAAUAAAAUGUUUUAUAAUUUUUCA